AUGGCAUCGAUCAAUGACCUUGCCACGGCGGCCAUAGCGACCUCGGCCGCAACCGGCGGGCAGGCCGGGGAUGCUCUCCCCGUCACCACGCCGCCGGCGGGCGUCGUCCGCGGGGCCUUUAUCGCAUUUGAAGGUCUUGAUCGCAGUGGAAAGACCACGCAGGUGAAGCUGCUUGAACAGCGGUUGAUUGAAGAGGGGAAGAAGGUCAAGGUUAUAAGGUUUCCGGAUAGAACAACGCCUAUCGGUCAAUUGAUCGACGCCUAUCUCAAGAGCUCAGUCGAGAUGGAAGACCACGUCAUCCACCUUCUCUUUAGCGCAAACAGAUGGGAAGCAGUAAAAAACAUCCAAAAUCUCCUGGCGUCAGGAUACACCGUCAUCUGCGACAGGUAUUACCACUCGGGCAUCGUCUACUCCGCCGCGAAACAGAACCCCCACUUGAACCUCCACUGGGCGCGUCAACCGGAAAUCGGUCUCCCCCGACCGGACCUCGUCUUAUUUCUCGACCUCGAGGAGGCCGUCGCCCGGGAGCGCGGGGGCUGGGGCGGCGAGGUGUACGAAAAGGCCGAAUUUCAGAAGCGGGUGCGCGAGCUGUUUUGGGGCCUGAGUCUGGGGCGCGUUGGGCCUGAUGGUGGGUUGGGUGAGGAGGGCAGGGUCGAUCGGGAGUUUCGGCAGGAGGAGGAGGAUUUGGUUGUGGUUGACGCUGGAGGUACGCUUGAGGAUGUUGCCGAAGAGAUUUGGAGGAAGAUUGGGCCGAGAGUGGAGGCGGUUGAGAAGGGUGAGGCUGGGAGCACGGUGAGGGUUGUGUCAUGA